AUGAGUAAGCCGAAUAACAUCACCAUUAUCCACUCAUCAUUUUCUAUCAACUCCCUGCUUCUGGAAACAGAAACAGUGAAUCAAAUGAGAUCGGAUCUAAAAAAGAAAUCAGGGCUGCCAUUAAAGUUGCUGCUUGAUACUAAAGUUCGAGUCAAGAUUGAGUCCAUAAGAAGCAUAAAGAUUGGGAUUCAUAUAAAAUGCGAAGGAAUUCAUAUAAAAUGCGAAGGAAUUCAUAGCUUAAUUCCAAAGGCUGUCAGUGGGAAUUCAAGAAAUUCAUCAUCUUCAUCAGUAGCUGCUACUGUUUCUGCUGCCAAAUGUAUUGGUGGAAAUGUCUAA